AUGGCAUUAAGUGAUCCUAACCAGACUCGGCGAGAACAAAGUGCUCCCGGAGGAACGUUCCCCAAACCCAACGCGACCAUCACGGCGCCUGGCGCCACCGGCGCGCCUACUUACUACACAGCAGCCACUGCGGCUUACCCGACCCAAAGUGGAACCAUCAGCGAGUGCGGUAACUACUAUCUCGUUGUAGCCGGUGACGACUGUCCUACCAUCGACCUGCGCUUCGGCCUGAACUUUAGCCAGUUGCAAGAGUAUAACCCGUACCUUAACUCCACCUGCGGCAACCUGUGGCUUGAUUACGAUAUAUGCGUCGCUCCUGUCACCCCGGAGACAGUCUCAACAGACGCACAAGCAACGGCACCGCGACACAAGACGGCACCUGUGGGCCUGAUUAUGGGGGCACGACUUGUAUUCCCAAGUUCGGAAACUGCUGUAGCAUAUACGACUGUCGAUCCACACGCCCGACGUUCCGUCGUUGUGAAUGGAAGUGAGUAG